CCCAAAUUGGUCUCACCACUCCUCCGCAAAUAGGAAGAGCGAUGACCGAUCGCUGAUUACCAGGCAAAACCCCUCUUUCCUAUCUCUGCUCGUCGGGCGAAGAGAAGUCAGAAGAGAAGAGCAAUGUGGCGCUCCAUUGAUGCUCACCUCAGAACCGUCCGCUUGCCUCUCCGUAAUUUCCUUCACGCUCAGCCUAACCCUAAUUCCCUACUCCACCUUCCUCCUCCUCUCAGCCCUCGCUCCGAUUCCAGGUCCUAUAGCUCCCUGACGAAAUUCGUCGUUUGUUCCGCUCCAUUUCCCGCCCUCGGUUACUGCAAUGGAGGCCGCCAGGUUGCGGUUACUGGCAUUGGGAUGUGCCGCGAAGGGGGAGCCUUGGUGAUUGCGAGGUGCGUGUCCUCGCUGUCUUCUUCGCUGCCGCAGCGGCAGCAGCCAAAUGGUGGUAUGGACUGGAGUGAGGCAGUGUUGUGCUCUGAGGUUGGAGAUGGUACUGUGGAAGCUGAUGAGCGAAAUGGUACCGUGGAGGAGGACGACAGGCCCGCGAUUCCAGUUCGUGCUUUUUUCUUCUCUACUAGGUUGGAAUUCUUGACUUCCUUUUCUUUCCCUACUUGCAAUUGAACUGUAACGAAGCGAGACAAGGCAUACUGAUUCAUUGUUCCCAAUGAAAUGCGCCGAAUAACUCUUCAAUUUAGCUUAAUGCUGGUGGUGCUGCUGCUGCUGUAUGUAGUGUGGAUUUGAAGAGCUUAGUGGAACAAAACAAGCAGAACUUCAUCCCGCCCACAUCGCGUAUGACUAAUUAUGUUGUUCUCAAGUUUGGGGAUCUUUGCGUGACAAGUGGUUUGGGGACUUGCAUAGGUGGGAGCAAUUGCAGUUACAUGGUGGUGUUUCAAUAUGGAUCAAUUGUCUUGUUUAAUGCCCGUGAACAUGAAGUCGAUGCUUACUUGAAAAUUGUCAGAAAUCAUGCAACGGGAGUGCUCCAUGAGAUGAGAAAGGAUGAGUAUGAGGUGAUAGAGAAGCCAAAUCUAGAUACUUGGAUGCAAGCUGGACUGGAUCAUAUAAUGUUGCGGUUUCUGAACAUUGAUGGGAUUCGUACGAUUGGUAGUGUUCUUGGUCAAAGUAUUGCUCUUGACUACUAUGGACGGCAGGUCGAUGGAAUUGUUGCUGAAUUCACUGACAUCAACCGCGGGAUGGAGAAAACCGGAACAUUUUCCAUGGACAGCAAAAAGCUUUUCCAAUUAGUUGGCAAAGCAAAUUCUAAUCUUGCUGACAUUAUUCUUAAGCUGGGGCUUUUCGAGAGAUCCGACAUAGCAUGGAAAGAUGCAAAAUUUGGUCAGAUAUGGGAAUAUCUCAGAGAUGAGUUUGAAUUAACUCAGAGGUUUGCAAGUCUUGAUUUCAAGUUGAAGUUUGUGGAGCACAAUAUACGUUUCCUUCAGGAGAUUCUGCAGAACAGGAAAUCUGACUUCUUGGAAUGGCUCAUCAUCGUACUAAUUAGUGUUGAAAUCAUUAUAUCUGUUUUUGACAUCUCGCACAGGGACUGAUGACUACGAUGGCGUGCCAGAUUUCUUGACGUACUUGCGAGCGCAAACAUGCUUCCCAUUGAUCGAAAACUUGGCUUUUCUCUUCCCAUUGAGUACCACUUCUAUCAUCCCCUGCACCUUCAGUACCAGCUUUGCAUACAAUGGCUGCUCCGCUGCAGUCAUCACUUCCUGCAUAUGAACGUCUUCAUAGAUGUCUCCGUAUGUCCUGGAGAAGAAGUCUCUGACUUCGCGUUUGG